AUGGCCAACCAGGCUCCAAUUCUGGAGAAGCUGGACGCAGCACUGUCCGAGCUGCUUGCAGACUGGAACAUCUACACCACCUUAUUUGCUGGAAUUAUUGCUGCAUAUGCUAUCUAUUCCGUCGUUUCAAACAAGGACCCCGAUGUCCAUCCGUUCCUACUAGCUCGUCAAUCCACCGCAUCCCCCAUCCGGCAGACCGGCGAGUCGGCAACCUACCGCAGUCUUGAGACCCCAUAUGGAUUCCCUCUCCGACAAGGAUUGAACGUGAAAGACCCGGGAGCUCCCAAGUGGACUGCCGGUCGACGGGGUGAUCUGCGCGAUAUCUGGAAGACCGCUGUCCGUGGAGCUCUGAAUGAAGAUGGUACCACCUCUGGAAAACAGGGCAAAAUCUACACAGUCCUUGGCAAGAACGCUGUCGAACACUCGCUGCCUCAGGUUACACAGGAGAUCAAUGUGAUCGGCCGUCACCUCCAAAAGGCCGAGGUGAAGACCGUUGCCGUUUGCCUGACCGACUCUAUCGAGCUACUGGCUGCUAUUUUUGCUGGCUCCUUCUACGGAUUCAAGAUUGUCCUCAUUCCCCACAACCUGCCCGCAGAGACCCUGUCGAGCUACCUGCAGAAUGCCAAGGUUGACGCUCUCAUUGCCGAGGCCGGUUCAAUGGACCUUGCCCUCGUCACAAAGACGAACAAGCAAGUUUCCGUCGUUAUUUGGGUCGCUAAGUAUGGAAACCGUCACAUGGAUUGGCAUGAAGUGCCUAAGGAUGUCAAGGGUACUCUCAGGGUUGCUGUCUGGCAUGAGUUGGCGGAGGAAGGCAGAGACCUCGCUGGCUUCGAUGUCCCCGAUUAUGAUCCUACGACACCUGCCCCUGCUGUCAAUACUGUUUGGCCUUCUGGGUCCAAGGCUGGCGAUUUUAUUGAUUUCAAGCAAGAGAAUCUCGUGGCAGCCAUCAGUGCUCUGGGCUCCGCACUCCCUCGGAACCAGCGUUUCACCUCUUCCGACCUUGUCCUCUCCAUCGAUUCCCUCUCUCGCUCGUACCCUCUCUGCCAAAUUUUCAAUGCCAUGUACUCGAAUGCUUCGAUUGCCUUGAACUCGGUUGCUGGUGAAAAUGUCGACUUUGCCUUGGCCACCCAAGGCGUGUCCCCAACAGUGAUCAUUGCAUCUUCACGAACCAUGUCUGAAUACCACGACAGUGUCAUGAAACCCCACACCGGCCUGAUCUCUUCUUUGGGCCGUUGGGUGCAGGCUCGGACUCUGGAUGCAGGCAACAUGCCAUCCCAAAACUUCUUCGGCCGUCUUGCGCAAGUUGGACCGACUGCAGAGCUUUCACUGGAAAAGUUGCGCCUGCUCUGUAUCUCUCAUCGUGUCGAUGCCGAUGCCUCGGUGCGCCUGACCUCAGAGCAGCUGACAGACCUCCGUAUCUACAUGGGCGCUCGCAUUGUGUAUGCUCUAACUGGACCCGGCAUUGCCGGUGCUAUCGCCCAGACCAAUGUUUUCGACUACAGGGAUCUCAGUGGCCCAAGCCACUUUGGAAGUCCUCUCAGCAGCACGGAAAUUACCUUGACUGGCGUUUCUGAGAACCAGGCAUCCGAGGAGAUCCCGGAGGGUCAGAUAUCGGUGGCCGGUCCUGCUGUUGUGGACGGCAAAACUACUCUUUCAGUACGAGGACGCAUCGGCACGGACAACACCCUGGAAUUGAGCGCCUGA